AUAUAAACACCCAGUCCCCAGACCCCAAUAUGGAUGUAAAUAGUUCCGGCAGCAUACAGCUAUAGCAGUCUUCUCUCGCGAUUCAGCAGCAAUGGGGGAGGAGAGGCAAAGCAUAUACAAAAUAUCGAGGACCAUCAAACGCAAAGAGAACACUCUCUACAACUCCUUGCGCUCUAUCUAUGAGGACUCCAUCUUCGUCGGAGAAAUCCGGCAGCUCUGGCCCGAGCUGCCGCUGCUCGCCAACCUCCGAUGCGGCCUCUGGUACUCGCCCAAGUUCGACUUCAAUUGCUACUUCAAGUCCACCGACGGACAUACCAACAAUUUAUCUUUCAAUACCUCUCGCCUCAACCUCCAUGUCGCCCUCCUAGCUGGACAGAGGGGAGGAUGUAUGGUCGUUGAUUCAACAAGAAAAGGGAAGAGGUUCCCUGACAGCAUGUCCAAGACUAUACCAAUUUGGACCUGUGUUUUAAAUCGAGCGAUUUUCAAUUUUAGGACAAGACGUGAAAGAAACGAAGCUCAAGUGGAUGAGCCGACCAAUUCAAAUGAGCUCAACGCUGCUAGAGAAGACUCUUCUGGUUGGGAUUGCUCCUUGCAUCUUCCCCUCUGGGUUUCAGAAACUGAGAAAGCAAUGAUUGAAAACCGUUUGGAAGGUUGGACUAACGAAUUGGAGGCCAGUGGAGCUGAUAUUGCCUCUAUUGCAUUAUCUUUGAGAAAACCUCUAAGACCUUUAUGGAUUUCACAAAAAACUGUUAUCUGGUUGAAUGAAGUACCGGAGUAUGAUUCUUGGGAUUUUACUCCAAUCAUACUUAUCUCUGCAUCAUCCACAAGUGGCAGUUUUCAGCACCGAACUACCUCCGAGUUUAGUUGGAAUUACAUUGCUGGAGCUGGAGAUGAUGAGGAAAGUUGGUCCAGAGGUUUAUCACCUGAUCUUUUCUGGAAACAUGCCUAUGAUAUCAUAAGCUCGGGUCCUGACUUGUGUAAUCAAAAGAUUGCAAAUAUUGUUGAAAAAGAUCGAGUUGGUCGUGCACAAAGGGGUGAAUAUGCUCCACAGGUGUCUGUCAGGCCUUCGAAAUGUCUGGGGAGCACAAGUAAGUUUCCUGUAGGAGAUCCACUGGACUUGCAUAAUGGAACUGGAGCUGAGGAUGAGAAGUUAAAUGAUGAACGUGGCAUAUCUUUUUUGGGUUCGACUAAUAUUGCUGUUGGAAGAUCUCAGCAUGCAGCGGGAGUCCCUCCAGACUACUGCACAUUAAAUUGUGAUAUGGAGUCAUUUUCUGCCUGCACACGAAACCCUGAAAUGUAUUUGCACUUGCCAAUUGUGGAUUCGAAAUUCGACCGAUUUUCUUUGUUAAGGAAUCUCCCUUCUGCGCUGAACUUUGCCAAGGCACAUUUGAGGAAGGGCAGCGGGCUUCUAAUUUGCUGCAGCAGCGGAGAAGAUAUAAGCAUAUGUAUUUGUUUGGCAAUCUUGACAUCAUUUUAUGAUGAAAAAGGACAUUUCGAUGAUGGAAAAUCCUUCAAGGAUACACGAAUCACUAAGUUAGAGCUGCGAAAACGAUUAGUUUUCAUAUGCAAGUAUGCUGUCAAUGCCCGCCCAUCAAGAGGGAACUUGAAACAAGUGUAUGCUUGUCUUAGUGCAGGAUGUAUUACUUCUAUUUCUUGAUAUCUUAGUAAGUUAAGUUCAUACAUGCCAAACAAGUUUGAUAUGAUUGAAAUGUGAUUAGAUACCUCUUCUUGAUAAAUACUAGUAUGUUAAGUACUAGUACUACAAAAGACGCUCGGAAAGAGACUUAAGUAAUAAACCCUACUAAAUAUGUUCAAUUUUGCUUAUACAGCUUCUUGUUGG